AUGGCUGAGACCAAGCCUGUGAAGGAGGAAGUUAAAAGGAAGAGACAAAAGCAGCCAGGAAGACUGUAUGUGAAAGCAAUUUUUACCGGAUACCGCCGCGGUUUGAGAAAUCAGCAUGAGAACACAGCGCUUCUCAAAAUUGAUGGCGUAAACACCCGAGAUGAGACUGAGUUUUACCUGGGCAAACGAUGUGCUUAUAUCUACCGCGCCGAGAAGUAGACUCUCUAACUUCUAAUCGCUUUUGGCUUUAGGAAGAAGCAGUUUCCUCGUCGGCAGAAGCCCACUAAAGUCCGUGUGGUCUGGGGAAAAGUCACUCGACCCCAUGGUCGCAGCGGGGCCGUCCGCGCACACUUUAAGCGUAACCUCCCGGCCAAGGCGAUGGGCCACCGCAUCCGCGUUAUGCUUUAUCCCUCGCGCGUGUAA